AUGUUGAGUGUUAAUCAUGAGCCUGAUGAUGAAACAACAUCGAUUGUCUCAAACGUUCCAAGUCCAUCGCAAACACUUUCAUCAUCUACGGUUAAAACAAAAAUAUCAGAAUUGAAAAAAGAUUGGAUUCGAUUAAAUGUAGGUGGAAAAUAUUUUAUGUCAACACGAUCUACACUAUGUAAAGAAGAAUCAUUUUUAUGUCGUUUAUGUCAAAAUCAAGAAGAUCUAAAAAUAGAUACAGAUGAGAUGGGGGCAUACAUGAUUGAUCGUGAUCCAAAUUAUUUUCACGUCAUACUAAAUUAUUUAAGACAUGGGAAAUUAAUUUUGGAAACAAAUUUAGUUGAAGAAGGCGUAUUAGAAGAAGCGGAAUUUUACAAUAUACAACCAUUAAUUGAAUUGAUUAAAGAACGUGUUCGUGAUAGAGACAAACGUCAAGCUGAUUCAGAAUUAGGAAAUUCCCAAAAUCGUGUUUAUAGAGUUAUUCAGUAUCAAGAAAAAGAGAUAACACAAUUAAUGAGUUCAUUGUCCGAUGGUUGGAAACUUGAUCAAUUAGUCAAUAUCAAUUCACCAUCGGGUUAUAUGUACAAUGAUUUGAAACAUAGUGAAUUUCUUUCUAUUGUAUCAAAACAAUAUGACCGUAUUCCAAGAGAGAAUGCAAAUGCUUGCGUGUCAGAACGAGUUAAAAUUCUUCAAGAACGUGGUUCAAGAAUGUAA